AUGUCGGCCGACCGCGUGUGUCGCCUCCCGCAAUCAGUGAGAUCCGAGAGGAAGAGGGGAGGCAGAGAGGGGAUGGAGUGGGUAACAAGGGACGCUAGGGAGGACGAAGAGGAUAGAGAAACCUGGAAGCGCGAUGGUGAAGAAUUAUAUUUCGGAAGGAACCAAUUUUUUAUGGUCACGGCAACCAUGAUCAUAUUUUCAAAUAGCCAAGGCAUAACAGGAAACCUUGGUCAGACCCUAGAACAUAAGGUGGAGAAUUACAGUAGGUUGUUGACAUCUUUGAAAGCUGUUUGUUACAUUGAUUUUUCUCAAUAG